AUGCACAAACAAGGAAUCCCAUUACUCACUUCGACGAACUGUACGGGACAGGUUCAUUUACUUGUGGGUUCGACACCGCUGAUUGCCUCCCGGGCGACGAAGGUGUUGGAUGCGGGUGCGGUACCGGUGUUGGUCACGGAGACGGCGACUGAAGAGUUACCGUAUGAUUUACGAAAACGGGUCGAGGAGGGUGUAGUCAGACAUAUUCAGCGAGGAUGGGAGGAGAAUGAUCUACAGACGCUGGGAAGACAGGAAGUUGGUGGAUGGGUCGAUACGGUGUUCUGUGCUCUACCGCCGACGGGAAAGAGUGCGCAAAAUCUAUCGGUGGCGUGUAAACGGAACAGAGUACCGAUCAACGUCGCCGACUCACCGAGUUUGUCGACGUUCACGCUACUCUCAACCCACACCGAUCUCCCACUCCAAAUCGGUGUCACGACCUCGGGGCGCGGAUGCCACCUCGCUUCCCGAAUCCGCCGAGAAAUCGUAUCAUCCCUUCCCAAAGAACUCCCCGCUGCAAUCGAACGUAUCUCGACCCUCCGCGAACGACUCUGGCACGCCUCGUCGACACCCUCAGCAGUGGUGGCACCACAAAGCGAAGACGAUAUCGAUCCCUCCACCCAGAUGAACGAGCUUGUCACCGCUGCACCGACAGAAGAGGACGCGGAUCAAGAGAAAGCGAAAACCCGGCGCGCGAGGUGGUUGGCGCAGAUUUGUGAGUAUUGGCCUCUGGAGCGAAUCGCUGCGUUGACGGACGCGGAGUUGGAUGGGAUGUUGGCGUCAUACACCUCGAACCCAUCUUCAGUAUCCACGACACCAGGGACGGAGGAAGCGAUGGGGAAGAAAGGCUCAAUCCACCUGAUCGGUUCGGGACCGGGGAGUCCGGGGUUAUUGACAGUCGCGGCCCACGAGGCAAUCAAAACCGCAACCCUAAUCCUCGCCGACAAACUCGUCCCCGCACCCGUCCUCGCUCUCAUCCCUCGCCGCACACCGGUGCACAUCGCCCGUAAAUUCCCCGGAAACGCAGAACUAGCACAACAAGAACUACUAGACAUGGGUCUCGCCGCCCUCCACCGCGGCGAAAAAGUCGUGAGACUCAAACAGGGCGAUCCAUACCUCUACGGCCGCGGCGGCGAAGAAGUCAUCUUUUUCCGCGAGCACGGGUAUGAAUGCACAGUCGUCCCCGGCGUGACAUCCGCGCUCUCGGGACCAUUGUUGGCGGGGAUCCCACCCACCCACCGUGGCGUCGCGGACGAAAUCCUCGUGUGUACUGGGACGGGGAGGAAGGGGGAACCGCCCAUGCCCCCACCCUACGUGAAAUCUCGCACGACCGUAUUCCUUAUGGCCAUCCACCGCCUCGACGCACUCGUUUCCUCACUCGUCACUCCACCACUCGACUCCCUAACCGCCUCCGCACCAUGGCCCAUGGACCUUCCGUGUGCCGUAAUCGAACGCGCAUCAUCCCGGGACCAACGCGUCGUGCGUACGCGGCUCGGAGACGUGGUUAGGGCUAUGGAGAGUGUGGGGGGGAGACCACCUGGGCUGAUUGUUGUGGGGUGGGCGUGCGAGGUGCUUGCGAAGACGGUUGUGCCGGAGGGUGGGUGGGUUGUUGAGGAGGGGCUUUCGGUCGGUAUACGGAGUUUGUGA